AUGGCGGCCUGUGAGUCGGCUUCCCACGCACCGGGAGACGAGCCCAUUGUCGUUGGCGGCCACAAGGGAGUUAUUCAACGAGGACCGAAGGCUCCCAACGACUCCGCGACCAUUACGAAAAAGUCUACCGGGUGGGAAGUGCUCAUGUACCUUGGUAUGGCACUUCGAAUUGACGAGACGAUGUGUGAACUGGCUGAAAUGGCACCAACACUUGUGGCAAUUUUAUCUCCUGAGGAAGAAAAUUCGGGCGUUUGGAUAACUGUGGAAAAGGAAGAAAAUAGGCCUCUUUUGGAAGCAUUUCACGAAGAACUGCGAAAGGCAAGUGUUCAUACCCAUGGCUACAGUGAAGUUAUGGACACAGCUCGCUGGUCGGUCUGUUUGAUCGAUGUAACAGACGGGAUGCUCCUACCAUGUGUGGCAGACAUUAAAAUUGGGUACAUCCGUCACUCUCCACACACGCCGCCGGAGAAGAUGGCCCGCAUAAAAAAAAAGCGGCUGAUCCAGCCAUUAGCCAUUCGUCUGUGUGGUGCUCUUCACUACUUCUACCGCACCAUAUCGAACGAGCAAUGCAUUGAAAGGGAAACGUGCGAAAAAGACAUAGGAUAUCUCUUACAUACAGAAGAAGAUCACCGACGCUGUUUGCGGGCCUUUUUUUCCUCUGCAGUCAGCAUGAAACAAGAAGGGUCGGGGAAUAAAUGCGGAGAAAGUGAGGUCUUGUCCGCGCGGUUGAAAGCGUGCUGUCGGCACGUUGAGAAACUGCUCUCUUUUUUUACCAGCUCAGUGGGCUGUGCAUUAUUGGAAAGGACCGCUUUUGUUUCAACAUCUCUUUUACUGCUUUACGAUGCCGUCAGCCGCGUAAGUGACAACGUUGGCAACAACGACGCUGCUGAUGUGCGCGUCUACCUGAUUGACUAUGCUCGAGUAAGUGAUCGACGCCUGAACUUUGCGGAAGAAAAUAUUGGUUUUCUACGUGGUUUAGAAAAUUUUCUUUUUCUUAUUUCGUGA